GCAACUAUCAUGACAAAGCCAACAGGUAAGCAGAGCUGCGUUGUAUUUUAUUGGAUGCUCAAGUUAAAGUUCUGGUAAGUGGCGCAAUGCAUUUUGCAAGUGUGAAGUAUAAUGUACGUUGAAAUGUAAUUGGGGGAAAGACACAAUAAACUUUUUUUUUUUUUUAAUCAUUGAGUUUCAACAUUGUUGAGUUAAACACGGCAGCUUGUACAGGUUGCCAUUCAUUGUGUGCCACUGAAUUUAACUUGUAGCGUAUAACGGGGAUUUGUAACGCAACAAAGUAGCCGCUAGAGGGCGCGAGGCAAUUGAGACGCUUGUACUCCAUAGCCAUGCGCAAAAGAGAAACUGAUCCGUUACAUCGAGGCGUGUUGACUUAUGAGGUAGGUCACGUUCCCGGAAGUCCGCUACUGGCUCAGCCAACCAAUCAGCAGAAGCCUUUAUGGCUCUUCCUCCUCUCAGGAGGCACACAGUUUUGUUUUUCAGAGCCGUGAAGACAACAUGGACUUCCUAAGUGACCGAGAUGUGCAAAAGUACUUUGAGGACGGCUACGUGGUUCUGGACGGGUUCCUGACGCCCGGCGAGUGCGACGAGCUGCGUCAGAGGAUGUCGGAGAUCGUGGACGCCAUGGAUGUGCCGGCGCACUGCCGCACCACCUUCUCCACCUACCAGCAGGAGCAGCUCAGAGAGCAGGUCAGCGGCUUCGGUGCUGGGGAACGCCGACUAUUUCAUCACCAGUGGAGAUAAGAUCCGUUUUUUCUUCGAGAAGGGAGUUUUUGACGAUAAAGGAGAGUUUGCGGUGCCCAAGGAUCGAUCGCUCAAUAAAGUGGGACACGCCCUGCAUGCUCAUGAACCUUUGUACGAAAAAGUUACCCAUUCAGACAAAGUUCAGGGAAUUGCCAGGAAGCUUGGCCUGGUUCAUCCUGUCAUUUUGCAGAGCAUGUACAUCUUCAAGCAACCCAGGAUUGGCGGAGAAGUGAUGUCACACCAGGAUGCCACCUUCUUGUACACGGAGCCCCUGGGAAGGGUGAUGGGCCUGUGGGUGGCCCUGGAAGACGCCACCGUCAACAACGGCUGCCUGUGGUUCCUGCCGGCCUCGCACAACAGCGCUGUGACUCGACGGAUGGUGAGGACGCCGCCGGGCACCUUCCCCCUGACGGACUUCAUCGGCACGGAGCGGGACUACGACGCUGACAAGUUUGUCCCGGUAGAAGUUAAAAAAGGUGGCGUGGUGCUGAUCCACAGCCAAGUGGUGCACCGCAGCGCCGAGAACGUAUCCGAGGACUCGCGCCACGUCUACACCUUCCAUCUCAUGGAGGCCCACCAAACCCGCUGGAGUCCAGACAACUGGCUGCAGCCCACCGAAGAACUUCCUUUCCCACCCCUCUACACCAAAUGACGGUUUGUUCCCAAUUCUUCUUCAAAGCAUUCAUACAAAUGAUUUAGGGCCAAGGAAAAAAGAGGAACGAGAAACACACCUGAUAUUGGUGCAUGUACUUUAAUGAUCGUGACAGAACGGUUGUACAAAUAAUUUCAUUUCGAUACUUUCGAUACUCAAAUGGAAAUAGAUUCAAAGCAAAAUGACACGAUGAAAUAAAAAUGCAGGGCGAUCUCG